GUCAGCUCAAAUAUAUUGAUAGCCAACAGUUCAUGAAUACUAGCUUGGCAAAUCUCGCAAAGAAUUUGGGUAAUGAUAAGCCUAUAACAAGUAAGUAUUUUAAGGAUAAAGGCUUUACACCUGAGCAGAUUUCUCUACUAUGUCGUAAGGGA